AUACUGGGCUUGGAGGUAACAUCUGAUUCGCUAUAUCACCUGCUUGGACUAGCUAUUGACGAAUGUGUUGAGUGAUUAACUCUUGAUUAGAAGAGACAGGUGAUCGUGGAAUGUCACACCUUGUUCAGGACUCUCCUCAACACAGUAAUCAAAACGUGGACCCAUCUCAAGGGAACAACAAAUAAUAUUUACGCAGCAACUUCAACAGCCGAUAACACUUGAACGACAUACUCCUUUAAUGUGCUAUAUGUUGUAAAAGUGUUUCCUUUCCAUGUCAGGACUCACUGGACAUAGCGGAAGAGGUUGACUAGUCCACGGAGCUAUUACACUCACAGGGAAAGUAAAAACGUCUGACAACGUCUAACCAAAAAACUACAACAUACAUAGUUCGAGCUCUCACUUGGGAUAGACUUGUGGAGGUGUUGUCAAUCCGAGGCAACUUCUGGCCAACUAGCAAAUCCGAUAACAUUACAUCGAUCAAGAAUCAUACCAGCUUGUGAAGAAAACAAUUUGCAGCUUCUUUCUAAAAUAUCAACUUUGCAAAUCAAAUUUGACAAACUGUCAGUUGUCAUUUUGAUAUAUAGUUAUAAAAAGUGGCAUCAGUAAAUUAAACACUCCCCUGCUUCAUCAGCAGCUGAUGGUUGAGGAUAUUCUGUAACAAGAGAUUACUGGCACUCAAAGUGAAAAAAAUACAGUGAUAGUGAAUAUCAAGAAAUUUGUUUUAGUUCGACAUAGGAGAACUUCCCUGUGCUUUCCGACCACAGAAAUGUGGAAUACAUUUGGCACCUUGGCGUAGUGCAUGGCUUCCAUGCAGCCGGCUGUCAGCGCUGGUGUGGUAGCUUCCCAACCUAGCUGGAGUUUACCAUCUGGAUCUAUUUGCGAGUGUGUGUGUCUACCGUUUGCUAUACCCUCGCUUGCACUGCACGUGGGCUUACAAUUCUCUCUCUCGCCUCUCUAGGUGAGAAGUCACAAAAGCUCAUCAGAAGGAAUGUAAUUACUUGAUAAUAGAGAAGUGUUGGCCAAUACUAAUUGGUCAGUACAUUUACUGUGGGAUCCUAUUUUGUGCAGUACUAUUGGAGUUUUCCCUGGAGCAGACAAGCACAGAGUUGGACCACACUUUCACAGGAUUACACUCCACGGAUUUAGCUGAGAAAGGCUUAUUUGGAUAUUGCAUCACUGAAGACAGAUUUAAAGAUGGAAUCAACUGAAGAAUGGUUGUCUACUGGACCGUAGUCAUAAGGUAACCAUGGUUACUACAACAAACAAUCAUGGACGACAGGGGUGAAGAGUCAAGCCAGAAGACAGAGAUUAGAGAUCACAUGCCUUGCACCUCGAUCUGUAUGGAGUAAAUAGAUCACCAACAACAGAUACAGGACAGCGAGUUUACAACGCCAGCCAGUCUUGACGCUUCAUUCGGUUGUGUUGGAAGACAAGUUUUACAAAUGCUCGUGCGUUUACAGAGGAAUGGUACUGAUGUGGUGUUCUCUGUGGAUUAUUAACUGAAGUUAUAAUCGGUGUUUCGGAUGUUACUGGCAGAGCCUGUCAACCCUAUAUUGGCCACAAUGUCGUCGUCCUUCGGUAGGACUUUACCUGUGAUGGUGUUAUGCUGUGUUACCCGUAUCGUGGCCAACGGUGACUUUGUUGCCAUAGGAAGCAGCGAUCCACUAGCACAGGGGCCGCCAGUGUUUAAGCAGGAGCCAGAGCCCAACUAUUAUGUGAUGAAAAAUAAACCUGUUACAAUUACAUGUAAAGCAACACCGGCAAUUCAAAUAACAUUCAAGUGUGCUGGUGCCGAUGUAUCAGCUAAACAACAGACUAAUUUAAAACUUGUUGAUCAAGUGACUGCGAUUAAGACAUUGCAGUCUAGCAUCAAAGUCUCCAGGGAAGAGGUAGAGGAAUACUAUGGCUCGGAUGGAUAUCUGUGUCAGUGUUUUGCAUGGAAUACCGUUCCGGGAUUCAGUGCACCCAAGUCCAUGGAGAGUAGGAAGGGCCUUGUUGAAGUGGCAUAUUUGAAAAAGCGAUUUCAACGGGAGCCGAUGAGCAUGAACGUGGAGAUUGAAUCAUCUGCUGAGCUGCAGUGUUUGCCGCCAGAUGGGAAGCCAUUGCCACAGGUUUUUUGGCUGAAGGACGGGAUACAGAUCAACACUAAGGAAAUGAAUUUCAUCAUAUCGAGCGAAGGCAGCCUGCUCAUCAGCCAGGCUCGUCUUAAAGACACGGGCAACUAUACGUGUGGUGCCACGAAUCCUGCGAGUCGGCGCCUCAGUGAAUCCGCCGUAUUAACCGUCUAUGUGAAUGGUGGUUGGUCAACAUGGAGUUCAUGGACGGAUUGUUCAGCAAAGUGUGGCAAGGGCAAGCAACGGCGCACCCGCACCUGCACCAACCCCGCCCCCCUGAACGGCGGCAACAUCUGUUCUGGGGAGGCUGUGCAGCAGAGUCCCUGCACUGCUAUUUGCCCAGUUGAUGGCUUAUGGGCGCCUUGGUCGUCCUGGUCUACUUGUAGUCCCGAUUGUAUUCAUCAUCGCCGAAGGUCAUGUGACAAUCCCAAACCGACCAAUGGCGGAGAUUAUUGCAAUGGAAAUGACCUUGACACCACAAACUGCACAGGGGGAAUGUGCAGAGAAAAAAGACAAAUUGCCCCAAGAAAACCAGUGUCAAAGAAACCAGGGAAAGAUAUAGAAUCGAACUCCUUUGUUGAAAAAUCCCAUGAAGCGAGUCGAGCCGAAGAUGAUGAAAAUAUCCCGGUAUACAUCAGUGUGUGUGCUGCGGUGGCUGUCCUCAUCAUUGCAAUCGUCAUCAUCGUCAUUGUGAUGCGGCGGAAACGAACUCAGAACAGAGGUCCAUUUUCUGAUGGACAUCGACCUGAUGCAAAUAUUUCGUCUCUUGGAGAUGAUGAGAAGAAGAUCAGCAAAAAUGGAGAUAUGUUAUCAGUCCAGCCUGAUCUAACGCAGACUGUAGUGACAGUUCAGCAUGCCAACUCAGGGGAUUCACCCAAUAACAACCAUGUUAACACAAUGGAAAAACCACCAGCGUACAGUGUUCCUGACAACAAUCUACAACAUAGACACUCCGCAACUUUGGGCAAGAGUAGCAAGACUCUUUUGGUGGAGCCUACAAUUAACCACAAUGUCAAUAAUUCUAUGGAGAAAUUGACAAUUAAAGACAAAAGCAAUUUAUCAGUGCCGUCUAUGGGCAGCGGUAGACCAAUGUCUCAAUGUGAAUCACUACAGGAUAGUCGUCAAUCGAUGAUCUCGAUGCAGUUGCCAAGUACGAUAGAUGCUGAGGCAGUCACUUGGAGUACAUUUACCAGUAAUGGCGGCAGACUCUUGCUUCCUGAAUCAGGUGUAAGCUUGAUGGUGCCAGAGGGGGCAAUAAAGAAAGGCACUGUGGAGGAGAUUUACAUGGCCAUAUGCAGAGAUGACAAAGACAGACCACGAUUACAUGAUCGUCAAACAGUCCUGAGUCCAGUGAUCCUUGUGGGCCCACAGAGUGUAGUGUUGAAAAAGCCAGUUAUUUUAUCUUUCCAACACUGUGCUAGUAUGCGGCAAGGCGGCUGGAUUCUCUCUGUUUACAACAGUGGUACACCAGCAGAUGAACCUCCACAAUGGCAGCGCCUGGUGACCUUGGGACAUGAGACGAUCAACACACCUCUCUACAUGCAACUGGACGCUGACCACUGCCACCUUGUCACAGAUUCUUUGAAUCGCUACGCCCUGAUUGGUGAAUCUGUAGGUGGUGGCCGGGCAGUGAAGAUUCUCCGCCUGGCAGCCUUUGCUCCUGCAAUAACUCCCUCUCUGGAUUACAGUAUUAGAGUCUAUGUCGUGGAGGACACGCAGGACGCUCUAGAGGGUGUCCUUCAAGUAGAACGAAGACUUGGAGGUCGUCUCCUUGACAAACCAAAACAGAUUCCAUUCCAAGAUGGCGGCAACAAUCUUUGUCUCACCAUAGAAGAACUCUCUCCUGGGUGGAGAAGUAAACUUGCUGCAAACUAUCAGGAAAUUCCAUUCCGACACAUUUGGAGCGGAAACCAGAAUAACUUGCACUGUUCCUUCAGCCUGGAGUUGAUUGACCGGUCCCAGUACAAGAUCAGCUGUAAGAUCCAGGUGUACCAGAAGGCCAUCCUCAGUAACAGACAAGUCCUGCAGAUAGUCAGCAACCUCAAGGAGAAAAUCCCUUCCUGUCCAACUCCGUCUGGUACCUUGAAAGGCAGGUCGUCAACGGUAACGACUAACUCCUCUGGCACUAGCUCUGGGUUUAGCUCCAUGGUAACACUUGAUCCGUCAGCACAAGUCUUCAGGUUGCCGCCACACAUCAAGGGCCAACUCUGCAUGCUCCUGGAUCCCCCCAACUCGCGGGGCAACGACUGGAGGAUGCUCGCACGCACCCUGUCUGUAGAUAGGUAUAUCAACUUCUUUGCCACAAAGCCAAGUCCAACUGAACACAUCCUGGAUCUGUGGGAGGCCAGACAUCGAGAAGAGACAGCCAUUACAGAUCUUAUGAACGUUCUUCGCGUCAUGGGCCGAAUGGACGCAGCCGCCGUCUUGGAGAAGGACAUGGGAGCGUGGUUAUGAUUGUCAUGUGAACCCACGUCUUGUCAUAUCAUCUCAUUGUGAUAACAAACUGCAGUUUGGAUCUAGCACAAACAUGUGGAAAUCAGUGGAAAUCGGUGAAGGAUGGAAAAUGGUGGAACAGCUUUAGUCGUGUGUACAAAAUGCUUUUCCCCCCGGAUAGCCUGGCAUUGUGUUGGAACACAUUUGUCGACACAUUGUCGUGGAAAUCUCUUGACAGAUUGUAACAGAACUCUCUUGUCCACACAAUGUGUUGGGAUUCUGUUGACACAUUGUAACAGAACUCUCUUGUCCACACAAUGUGUUGGGAUUCUGUUGACACAUUGUAACAGAGCUCUUUGUCGACACAAUGUGUUGGGACUCCUGUUGACACUUUGUAACAGAGCUCUUUGUCGACACAAUGUGUUGGGACUCCUGUUGACAUAGUGUUUGAAGCAUUGCUGCUUGUUUUGUAUGUUUUGUGCUAUCUCCAACAUCUGAAACUGAUAUUGUGCUAUGAAGGUGCUAUUUUGAAGUGAUUGCCUUGAACUAAGGGAGGUAACCAUGACAUGGAUUGCUCAGAAGAAGGUAGAAGUUGUGAAUUACUUCCCUGGAUGGUCAUGUCGGCCACUUUGACUUCUGAAAUGUUGAGGAGAAAGGACUCAUAACAUGGAUUUCAAGGUGCAGAAACGAGAGAUCAGCCUCUCAAGUAUUACUCUGAUCCAAAGCACAUAAUCAUGGCAUUAGAACAAGUGCAGUAUUUAUGAAAGAACACAGCCACCUAAUUGGAUGGACAUUCAUCUCAUAUAUUCUGUGUGCCUCAUCGGUAGAACUGAGUAGAACGAAAGGAUGCAAAAUAGAAACUAAUGUAGGAUGUGACCAAUAUCAUACCUCAAGGUGUUGCUAUUCAUAUUACUUGCAUGCCCGAACUGCAGGGCGACAAAGCCUUUUACUCUACAACAUCAAAUGUGUCAGGACAAAUAAUGACCUCAAGGUCAUCCUAGUUCAAGGUCAAACAUUGACCUCGAGGUCAUCCCGCAGACAAUUUCCUGCUGCAGGGAGAUAUAUGCAAUGUGCUUCAUUUGCAUUUCUACUUGCUGCCAUCAAGAAAAAAAAAAUGAGACUGAAAAAAAAAGACAAAAAAGUUACACUUGUGCAAAGACUUCAAUAUUGGUAUGAAUGAAAGCUUUAUGUGGGGAUGUAUGUGUGUCUCUUGCAAAGACAAGCCAGCUUCGACUGGGGUCUGAUGUUUGUGAUCUGGUAACCAUGGCAACUGCUCUUGGCUUACCAUAGUUUGUAGAAAUAUUGCUUUUGUAUAUUUAUGUUGUCACGGCAACCAAAACGUUUGAGCUUUUUAUUUAUAGUGCCAUGUGCAGUGAUUACUGCACGCAGAGGACAAAGUAAAGCUGUUGGUUUUAUGUAUACGCUAUAUCUAUGCUGUCAUGCUCGGAGGCAAACACUGAUUGGAGUGGUAGGAAAGUAGCAUGGUCGGUUAAGUAUUAAUGUAUUUCUUUGUUGUUCUGUUAAAAGAGGAAACUUAAUGCUAUGGUUGCCUAAGAUCAGGAUACACAUGAAUACAGAAAAAAACCAGGUUAAUCAUAUUCUUAUAUUAUAUAUAUGUUUCAUGUAAGUUCAUUCAAAAUUAUGCCACUACUGUGUUUUUCUACACCCAUCAAGUGUUUGCCUAUUGGUCAUGACAGUAAAUCACUGUCAGUCUCCAGAAUCUCAGCAAUGUAUCCAACCUGAUACACACAGAACAAACAUAGGCUCAGACAGUGUAGUCAGUGCACAUUCUGGCCUAAAUGGACACCAUGGUCUGUGAAAGUUCUGGCCUAAAUAGACACCAUGGUCUGUCUGUGAAAGUUCUGGCCUAAAUAGACACCAUGGUCUGUGAAAGUUCUGGCCUAAAUGGACACCAUUGCCUGUGAAAGUUCUGGCCUAAAUAGACACCAUGCUCUGUCUGUGUAAGUUCUGGCCUAAAUAGACACCAUGGUCUGUGAAAGUUCUGGCCUAAAUGGACUCCAUGGUCUGUCUGUGUAAGUUCUGGCCUAAAUAGACACCAUGGCCUGUGCAAGUUCUGUCCUAAAUGGACACUAUGGUCUGUGCAAGUUCUGGCCUAAAUGGACACUAUGGUCUGUGCAAGUUCUGGCCUAACAAGACACUAUGGUCUGUGCAAGGUCUAGACAAGCAAAAACACCAUUGUCUGUUCUAUUGCAUUUCAGUGAAACUUAAAAUUAAAAAAGAAAGAAAAUUACAGCAAGUUUGAUAUUGUUUUUGGUUAAUAGCUGGUCAGAAUACCAAACUGUCAUUUAUAAUAAUGUAACAAGUUGCGUUAAUUCAGACACACUUAAGUUUUCUGCAUGUGGAGCAUGAAAAGUGAUGCUUGCAAGGCCCAUCUAGUCACAUUUCAGGGUCCAACGUAGCAAGCUGUCUGUUCACAAUGACAUCUAAUUUAAUUUGUAUAAUAAUAAAAUAGUGUUAAAAUCAAAAUGAUUUGUUGAAGGUGCUACUUACUAUAUGAUUGUAUGUCUAUAACCCACAUGACAGCCUGACAGUGCUACUGGUUGUCCAGUUCCAAGGUUCACAGGAAGAAUGCCAUGUUUUGUGUCCUGUCUGAUCAAUUUGAAAUCGGAUGAAACGGGAAAACAUCACCUUCUUUCAGUGUAAUUUUAUACAAUUACAUUCAGAAACCAGAUUAGAAACCAAUUUUGCAGGAGUCCAACUGAUUUUGACAAUAAUUUUUCUGGUCAAAGGGAGAUAACUCAUGUUACAAUUUUCAAAAUAAACUUGAAAUUGCAACAUUGUUUUCACAAUUGAAUUAUCAACUAUCAAAUCAAUUUGACGAAUUAUUUUCAACUUGUUCAGACAAUUUUGUAUGAUACUUUCUGCACAUGAAAUAUAUUGGUUUUGUGACGGCGACACCACAUGAAAUACUUGUGUACAGAGAGACGAAUCUGUCAAUAAUUAUCCAAAGAUUAUUGUUAUACAUAGAUGCUCCAACCUGACAUGUUUCAGCUUUUUUUCUAUUUUUUUUUAUUAUUUAUAUCACGAAAUGUAGAGUUGAACAUUUUGAAAUAUUUAGCAUUUGCUUGACCUCAUUUUGUUGGUGAGCUUCAUAUGCACGGUGAAUUCCGACUAUUUCAACAACUGGUAAACACGUGGCAGGAUGAGCUGCAUGUUGGCCUGCCUGUGUGAGUGUAGCAGGCCAAUAUACCAAUGUAAGCCCAGUGUACAUAUUUCUGUCAGAUAUAAGGCAGACUUAGUGCUAGAUGCUGGAGGCAGCGGCAGUAGCAGCGUUUGUAACACCUUUGCUGCUCACCUCGUCUCCAGCAGAAUGUACAGUUUUUGAAACUUGACUUGUUUGCAAAGAAUUCAUUUGUAAAUAUUAUUCUAAGAAAUAAAUGUUUAGAAGAA